CCGCCCGUUUCUCAGCAUUAUCACACAAUUUCCCAUUAGCAUACGCCACUUCUGCUCGAUUCCCAAUCCUCCGAUCAUCAUCUUCAUCUAAUGGCUGAGCACCAACAGCAAUCCCAGCGUCCGGACCUGCAACCUCGGUCCCAUCAAGUCGUGAAGGCAGCCACCGCGGCCACUGCCGGAGGGUCCCUCCUUGUCCUCUCCGGCUUGAUCCUAGCCGGUACGGUCAUUGCCUUGACCGUGGCCACCCCACUGUUUGUGAUAUUCAGUCCGGUUCUCGUCCCGGCGGUCAUCGCGGCGGCCCUUAUUAUCCUUGGGUUCUUGGCGUCCGGCGGCUUCGGUGUAGCGGCGGUGACCGUUUUGUCAUGGAUAUACAGGUACGUUACAGGAAGGCAACCACCCGGCGCGGAACAAAUCGACCAGGCACGCAUGAAGCUGGCGAGUAAGGCUCGAGAGAUGAAGGACAGGGCCGAGCAAUUUGGACAGCAGCAUGUCUCUGGUGCACAGGGUUCUUAAGCUGUAACGUACGUAGUACCAUAUAAGAUGCAUCGAUCUCGUGAUGAUCUCUCCCUCCUCCUCCUCCUCCUCCUCCAACUCCAAGUGAUGGAAGCUGCUGCACGUACUAGAAGGUUUCAUUGGUUGUCGUUAAUUUCUCGUACUUAUAAUUCUGUAGCUUUUUGAGUGUGAUGGAAGCUGCUGCAUGUACUAGAAGGUUUCAUUGGUUGUCGUUAAUUUCUCGUACUUAUAAUUCUGUAGCUUUUUGAGUACUUUUAUGCAUGGCGUCUGUAUCACUGUCGAUGUAAUAAGUUAAAACACUUAUGAAGUGAACUUGAAUUCCCAUAA